UCGCAGUGAAAUUUGAUUCCGACUUGCAUGAAGCAAGGUGGCCAGCAGCGCCGUGCUUUCCAAUUUCCGCGCUAGCGCGCACCUCCCCACCAUCGCAGCGCGAUCUCAACUUCUUGAAUGUGCUGCUGCCGCGCGCGCGCCCUGCUAGCAUGCCAUCGGUCGCCGCGCUUCCGUGGCACCUCUGUGGCGCGCACAUCGCCCUUGUGCAUGUCUAUGCCCACUCUUGUCCAUGUGCAUGCUUUUCCAUGUGCAUGCUUUUCCAUGUGCCUGCUUGUUUGCUUAAUCUCACUGCCAUGCUUGCCCUCACUGCCAUGCUUGCCCUCACUGCCAUGCUUGCCCUCACUGCCAUGCUUGCCCUCACUGCCAUGCUUGCCCUCACUGCCAUGCUUGCUGCAUCCCUGCAGGGUCUCCUCGCCCGCCACCCCACUUUGCUCUCCCGUCUGCUGCCACUUCUGCCAGUGCGCUCCUCGCUCUUCCUGCUGCCCAUUUAUUCCCGCCCCGCUACUUACCCUCACCCCGCUGCGUUCAGGACAGAUGCUGAAUCUCGCAUCCCUCCUGCUGCUCCCUCCUCUUUGUCCUCCAGCAAUCUCGUGGAACACACUCCAACCCCCUGGCACCCGUCGCACACUCCGUGUACUACCCACUACGCCUCAGAUCUCAGCAGCAUCUCAUCCUCCAUCUACUUGGUGUUAGUCCACGCACAUGUCGCACAUGUCCUCUUCAACAUCAAUUCAUCUCCUCGCAGCCUUCGCACACUACUCCGUGUACUACUCCUUGCACCUCAUAUUGCAGCAGCAUCUCUUCCCAUGGCAGGUGCUGAGUUGGAGGGGAUGCAGGCGAAGACGGAGGUGGAGGUGUACCUGCUGCUGCUGGACGACCAGCUCGACGCCCUCGAGAGCUUCCCCGAGCUGCUCACCGCCAUGCGCACCGCGCUGGGCUGCCGCUGGCACCCGACGAGUACCUGGCGCGGCGGCGCAUCAUCCCAUCGCCCCGGAGCUUCUAGGGGCUAA